AGGAGUGCCAUGGACAUAGGGACUUUUAUGAGAAAGUAAAACAAAUAUGUCCCUAGUGGUCCAUCUAAGAUUACUAGAUUGGUAGAUCAAGGAGAUGUGGCGCCUGUAAAAACCAGCAGUAUUCAAAUGCAGAUGUCUUUCCGAAACAAGAUAGAUCUUUAAAUCUGUGGCAUUUCUCUAGUUGGGUACUACUACCAAUGGAUGAAAAAUCAUUUGUUGAAUACCUACUUUGCGCUAGGCAUGGGCUCUAGGGGUACAAGAUGACUAAAGCCUGUCUUGUCCCCAAGGAGAGUACAGGCAUGUUAGAUGUGUCUUGCAUAGGUAUGGUGGCUCCUGGUAAUGGAUGACUUUCUCUACCCACCUCUGCCCAGGUACCUGCACACUCUCUCUCCAGGAGUCCACUCUAGCAUGACAGCCAGGCUCUUCAGCCUAUAGUAGAGAGGUCCUUGCCUUUUGGGUGGGGGUCAGGAAGCAGCGGGCCCUCAUGCAGGUUCCUGUUCUUUUGUUUGCCAGGGCAUCUCACAUCAGUGAGCUGUUUAAUCCAUGCAUCUUUGCUCAUCGUUCUUUCUGAGUCUGGAUUCUUCUGGGAAUCCAGCCUCUGUGCUCACUCCCACCUUGUUUAGAUUGAAAUUUCAAAGUCCAACUUUUAACUAUGUAUAUUCUAAAUUGUAUAUUCUAAACUGAAGGUCUUUUUCUAGUUAGAGAAGGCAAAGUUGACAUUCUGUUUUUUCUGCAUUUUCUUAUUUAUUAGUUAUGCGGUUUGCUUUAUGCAUUGGACUAACUCCUCUUAGGACAUUUUAAAAACUUUGUCAGUUUCAUAGUAUUGGUACAUUGAGCCAUAAUAUCUUUGCAUUUAUCUGACUAUACGUAUUCGGAGAGAAAAAAUUGUGCUGGUGCCGUAUGCUGACAUGUUGAUCUGAAGGUCCAGCUGUACCUCUGAGAAAAGGGCCCAACUUUACAAUGCAUUUAGGCUCUUCCUGGGCCAGCGCUCUCACCAAGGAGAAGGCCAUGUUCAGUUUGAGCAUGAAGAUCAUGAGGCCCAAUGACAAGAAGCUGGACAACUUCAUGUCCGGCAUAUACCAGGCUCUCCUCAAGCUGGGGAUGAACUCGGACCUCAAAGCCCAGCUAAAGGAGCUGAAUAUAACAGCAGCCAAGGAAAUUGGAGUUGGUGGUGGUCCAAAAGCUAUUAUCAUCUUUAUUCGCGUUCCUCAACUGAAAUCUUUCCAGAAAAUCCAAGUCCGGCUCGUCUGUGAAUUGGAGAAAAAGUUCAGUGGGAAGCAUAUUGUCUUUAUUGCUCAGAGGAGAAUUCUGCCUCGGCCAACUCAAAAAAGCCAUACAGAAAAUAAGCAAAAGUGUCCCAGGAGCUGCACUUUGACAGGCGUGCACAACGUGAUCCUGGAGGACUUGGUUUUCCCAAGCAAAAUUGUGGGCAAGAGAAUCCACGUGAAACUGGAUGGCAGCCAGGUUAUAAAGGUUCAUUUGGCUAAAGCACAGCAGAACAAUGGGGAGCACAGGGUUGAAACUUUCUCUGGCAUCUAUCGGAAGCUCACUGGCAAGGAUGUUCACUUUGAGUUCCCAGAGUUUCUGUCGUAAACAAAUAUGAUUUAAAAAAAUGCUGUUAGGUGUCCCUCUUGUUUACCUGAGGCAGAUCUGGUUUUCCAUAGCCCUGGAAUGUACUCAUUUGCCAUCAGAUCUUUAGCACAGUUCAGACCGUGGAAGGAGUCUCAGAUUCUAUAGUGACCUUGAGGAAGGCAUGCAAUCUACCUUGACCUUCUUAUCCCAAACGUGAAAGUGAUUUUUUUCUCUAGAAUUCCCACCUCUAUCACCCUUAAGAUAUAAAUCUGUUUUAGGGCGCCUGGAUGGCUCGGUCAGUUGAGCAGCCAACUUCAGCUCAGGUCAUGGUCUCGCAGUUUGAGAGUUCAAGCCCCGCACCAGGCUCUGUGCUGACAGCUCAGAGCCUGGAGCCAGUUUCGGAUUUUGUGUCUCCCUCUCUCUCUGCCCCUCCCCUACUUAUGCUCUGUCUGUCUCUCUCAAAAAUAAACAUUAAAAAAUUUUUUUUUAAAGAUAUAAAUCUGUUUUUCAAAAAGUAGUUACUUUAUCCUUUCAUCAGCAAUAAUCUGAAAAAGAACGAGAAUUGGGGAUGCAAAGACAUGCAGGAGUGGGCAUGCUGAUGAGUGGCAAAGGGCAGUAUCCCAGAUGAGUCCCAGUGGAACUUUUUGAAUCAUAGACAAUAAAGCGAACAGUUUGUAGUGGGGUUCGGUUAAUAGUUUGUAAUUUCUGUGCUCAAGCCGAUAAAAAGGGAGAGCAUUAACUCUGAUGUGUCAGGCAUUGAGAUGGGCCCUUCUUUACCUGUGGAGCAGGCUUCAUUCUCACAAUGGUCCUGGGAGGAAGAUGACCUCCCUCACCAGGGUUAAGUUAUUUACUUAGGUCGCACUAGAAUUGGGAACACAGUUUUAGGAAGUUUUAAAAGUUUGAUUUCAAGACAUGUGAUCUUUAGCUUGUUGUAUCCACAAUGUGAAUACUUUAAAAAUUUGCCAAGGGUGGGGAAGGUUAAGGUAGGUAAAAAAAAUGUUAAAGCCUCUUCAUUGUCUUCAUGAGGUAUCAAGAAUGGCAGAUGCUAGGGGUGCCUGUGGCUCAUUGGAUUAAGCAUUAGACUGUUAGCUCAGCUCAGGUCUUGAUCUCAGGGUCAUGAGCUCAAGCCCCGUGUUGGGGUCUGCACUGGGCAUGAAGGAUAUCUAGAUAGAUAUAGAUAGAUAGAUAAAAAGAAAGAAAUAUAUUUUUAUAUAGCAGGUGAUAAAGAAGGGAAGAGGCAUCAUGGUAUUUCAGGUGGAAAUCUAUUUGGUAGUCCCAGGGGGUUCUGUUCUUUAUUUUAAGGUUUUAUUUUUAAGUAACCUCUACACACGACAUGGAGCUCGAAACCACAACUCCGAGAUUAAGAGUCAUAUGCUUCAGGCAUAUGCCAGCCAGGCAUCUUUUCUUUAUUUUAAAUAUCCCCCUUUCUGAUUACAAUUUUUUUGGAAGGGUGUUAACACUGUAUUUAAUAGGUAUUUGUCUCUUUCUACUAGAAUGUAAGCUUUUCAGGCGGAGACUUUGCCUUUGAACCUAACUGGUAUGUAGUAGCCACUUGAAUAAUGGACGGAAGGAAGGAGUAAUGGAGAAGGACGUUGGAGGAAGAAUCCAUGAGGCACAGGAACUCUUGAAACAGAGGGACGCUGCAUUGAAUAGGAUCGUACUUAGAGGGUUUGGGGUAAUGCUGGGUUACCUUGGUGGUGUGAGACACGGAGCCUAGUGAUCUGGAAUUGCCCGCCUCCAGGUUUUACCAAGCACUGUGAGAAGAAUAUAUUGUGAGGAGUGCAUGGGAAAGACACAUCUUCAUUCUUUCGAAGAUUCUAGAACAUCCCUGGGUGUAAGCGGGGCCAUCCGACAGUUCUUGUUAUAUAUAUAAUCACUGCCCCUCACACGGGUGCACCCCCAGCUUUUUACUAAACUGCACUUUGGCUGAAUGCUCCCUGCUUACACUGAGAAGCACCAUAAAACAGUGCAUAAAACAGUGCACUUUGGGGUCACUUGUUGAGAUGGUUUUGAAGCUCUGUUUCCCUCGUUGCUCCGAAUCCCCUUUUAGGGAUUUUGUCGGGGAACUUCUCAGACCUCCUUGGCUGGGAGGGCUUGGCUAUUGGCAAUGAGCAGGCUUUCGUCUGAUCUAGUGUCUCCCUUUACUGUUGAGGCGUCGGCCCUUGGGGCUUGUGCUUGUGAAGGGAGAUGUACUGUUAUUUUAUACUUGAUUUGCCCGAAUGUAUGUGUGCACGUGGCAGAAGUGGCAGACAGACAGGUGCUCACCUCUGGGAAGGGAGGAGGAUUUGGCAGGGGGAGGGGAGGGAGGUGAAUAGAAACCUGUGCAUUUUUACUGUCUCCAUGCUCCUCAACUUUUUUCUAUCACUGCUUCCCCAAAGAAAGUUUUUAGAUGUUUUUCCUAAUUACCUCUUGACUCCCACCAGAUUUAGUACAAAGGGAUAGAGUUUGUUGGGGAGGGUCACAGAUUACCGUAAGGUCUACGGUUGUUUUCACUCCCACCACAAGAACCCACUGUCGUCCUUUUGCGGGGCCGUGUUACCCCAUUGAAAAUGCACACUCUGCAUGCUUCUGUACUGUUUAUUAUUAUUCUUUUUUUAAACAAGUGUUAUUUUAGAGAUCCAGAAGAAAGGUCAUACAGCUAGAAAGGAUUGAGCUGCCCUUAAACCAGAGGGUGACUCCACACUGGUUGCUGUUAGCUCUGAGGAGCGAGCCCAGGGAAGGGCAGAAGGCUGAAGCCACCUGGGCCUGAGCGGCAGCCCCAGCACAAGAGGAAGCGGGGGCGGGCAACCGAAGAUACCAGGGGGGUGGCAGCAGGACUGGCAGAGCUCUGACUGGCCAGGAGGAUGACUGGCAGGAGGUUUCUCUUCACCUCCAGCCCAGAUGCCCCAGAGGCUUUUCUGUCUUCAUUUUCUUCAACUUUGAUUGUGUUUGGCAAGGGGGAUGUUGGUGAGCUUUAGUUAGGAUCCUGCAGCGGGGGUUCUCCAGUGAUGGUACCAAAGUUGUCCAGACGUGCACCUCCCCGGGAGAGGGGUCAGGAGGCAGGGCUCUGGGAAACGCUGCUGUGCACUUGAGGGACCCAGGCAGAAGGUCUGUGAAAGUGGCUUGGGAAGAUCAAAUCAAAUAAAUCUUGUAGAAGAGUAAAUAAAAUGAUGUUUAUAAAUAACUCAGGAGAGUGAUUUU